GGCUCGCGCUCGGGCUGCGGCGCCGGCUCCCGCCGCCUGGGCCCGGGCCGGGCCCCUCCCGCGCCGCCCGGGCGAUGAGAAGCUGCUUCUGCGUGAGACGGAGCCGGGACCCGCCGCCGCCGCAGCCGCCGCCGCCCCAGCGGGGAACAGACCUGUCCACCAUGCCUGAAGUCAAAGACCUUUCGGAAGCCUUGCCGGAAACGUCCAUGGACCCCAUCACAGGCGUCGGGGUGGUGGCUUCUCGGAACCGAGCCCCGACGGGCUACGAUGUAGUUGCGCAGACGGCAGAUGGUGUGGAUGCUGACCUCUGGAAAGACGGCUUAUUUAAAUCCAAGGUUACCAGAUACCUGUGUUUCACAAGAUCAUUUUCCAAAGAAAAUAGCCAUUUGGGGAACGUGUUAGUGGAUAUGAAGCUCAUUGACAUCAAGGACACGCUGCCUGUGGGCUUCAUCCCGAUUCAGGAGACGGUGGACACACAGGAGGUGGCUUUUAGAAAGAAGAGGCUGUGCAUUAAAUUUAUUCCACGAGAUUCAACGGAAGCCGCAAUCUGUGACAUUCGGAUCAUGGGCCGCACCAAGCAGGCCCCGCCUCAGUACACGUUUAUCGGGGAACUGAACAGCAUGGGGAUCUGGUACCGAAUGGGCAGAGUACCGAGAAAUCACGACUCAUCCCAACCCACAACGCCUUCCCAGUCGUCAGCUGCUUCCACCCCAGCCCCCAACCUGCCCAGCAAUGGAUGGUGUGCCUUUUAUGAUUUCCGAGAAGUUUUCCUGUGUUCCAGAAAGUCAAUGACAGCUCCCCGCGUGAAGGAGGCUGCCCGGCUUUCCCGUUGUCACUCGUGCGUCCUGUGCUAACCGCACGCCCUGCUCUGGCUGGGAGGCCCCGUGUGCGGGCACAGAGCCUCCAGCUGUGGGCUCCCGCUCACAGGAGCACUGACCACAGGGCACACGUGAGCACACGCGCCCAGGCUGGGCCCCCAGCCACCGUUAGUGACAGGAGGGGCUGCGUGGGCUGGCCUGGCCCUAAGGUUGACUAGACCACGUGAGGUGCCGCCAUGGGCUGCGGCCCCCAGCACUCCUGGGGUCCUCGCCCAGCUGGCGCCAGCCCCAAGGUGGCAGUGGCCCUCUCUCGCCCAUGCCGGCCCCAUCCGCGCCGGCCCAGCAAACUCGUUUCUGGUUUUUAUCCUUUCUGCAGAAGUUUGCUUUGAGUAGCUAAUAAACGCGAAGGCCCCAGUUCGGGCACCAGCUAAGGAAUCCUUCAGUGUUUUUCUUGGAUCCAGCUUAAAGCCACCCGGCUUGCGAUUUGACCUGCUCUGUAGUUUCCAUUUUCAUGAAAUAUAAUAGGCCUCCCCUGAACCCUUCUAGUAAGCAGCUUAAUCUUGAAAAAUGCUCGUGACGUGACACGCAGAGCUUGAGUAACUUCAGCCGACUCCACUUGGCCGCGUUGCCAUGGAGACGCUGGCGCCUCUCCCGCCGUUCCCUGGGAGAGGCUGCUCUGUCCUGCUCACCAGCUCCAAAUUGGGGGAGUUUAGCGGGGUAGUUAGAGCCUAAUGAUGCAACAGCUGGACCUCUGCGGGAUCCCGGGAUCGCCACUCGGCUGGCGGCGCAGAGACAGCCAGGCUGCUCCGUGGCCACUGGCACGGCAGCCGGGAGCGCAGUGUCUGCUUCGGUGGCCCCGUCCCAAGAUCGCCCUGCGAACGUGCUGCCGCCGACUCAGCAAGUGCCGAAGGCCACGGACUCGGGCCGGCCCCGCGCCCCGCGCUUCCUGCUCUCCUCAAGCUCAGUGCGCAGCCUGGCCAGGAGGCCCUUUCGCAGGCGAGGACAGGAGGUGCUGAGCCCAGUUUUGAACCCAGUCCUGGGACUCCGGCGCCAGUCUCGCUGGCACGGGGAGGGCCCUAGCCCGCUCCCGUCCCUGGGCUGCCACGGUUCAGGACCGUGAGGGCCCUCGGGCCUCACCUGCUCAUGCCAGGCCGCCAGGAGGCCAGGCUCCGGCCCCUCUCGGGGACACAGGACACUGACGUGACCACAAGGACUCAGGCCGGGGGCCUCACAGACUCGGGCCCCCUCUGUCCCCCAGGUGUUUCAGCCCAGGCUUCCCGGGCCUCCCGCUAAUGGUCGUUGCCAUGUGUGUUUGAUUUUUCAUGCUGUGUGAUGAAAAGCCACCGUUUUCAAAGAAAGGUCCUCAGUCAUCAUGAAAUUAUAGAAACUCUCAUUAAAACGUGAUGUUACCAUUUUUUUACCACGUGGAUUUCUCAAGUGGUAAUUGGUGGACGGUUGCUUCAUUCACCUGGCAUUUUCGGAGACCCGGAAUCCCCCAUCCCCUUCCCUGGGUCCCGCGGAGUCCUGGACAAGAGACUCCCGCGAUCCCUCAGACCCACGGCCGCCAAAUACGUGCAGCCGUCACGGCGCCUUGGGCACCUCCCAGCCCGCAGCUGCAGCAAGGAAGAGCCCACCUGCGUCUCUUUGGCAGCAGGAGAAGACGGGCAAGUGGGUCAGCCACGGGCACAGUCUUGCAGCAGGCCCGAGACCCCUGGCUGCCGUGGACACGCGACCGAGCGGUGGCCCUGCAGCCUGUUGCCGCAGCGUGCUCUCCCUUCUCCUCCCUGUGCCCCAGUGACGACCAGAGUCGCCAGACCGGUGGAAACGGGGUCCCACAGGGCGGUCUGAGGGAGCACGUUCCAGCCGUCUAAGAGGGUGACUUGCCCUGUG